AUGAGAUAAAAAUAAAGAUAGAUCACUUUGGCAACAUCCAAUGGGUUUAUGGCUAGACCAAUAAUUAAGAUUCAUAAAUUUAUUGAGUAAAGAUUGAGCAGAUUAAUAGCAAUGAGCACAGCAUUGGAUCUAGAUAAUUUUCAGAUGCUAACCUCUUCUGGAGGACUAGCGACUCUAGGUAGAGAAAAUAAAAAAUCUUAGCUUUCAACUUACGAUGAGAUAAAUACACUCGACUUUAUGCUGACUAAGCAAGAUAGAUCAUAGUUGUUAGGUGAAUCAGAUAACUUAGGUUACAAUAUUAGUAGGAAUAACAUUCAGAUAAAAAAAUAUGGUAGCCAGACUCCAAUUAAGUUUCAAAAACCUAUAAGCAUUUUUCAAACUAAUUAACUAACUCCUUCUUAAAACAACUUACCCUCAAUCAACAGAGAUAGAGAUCAAAAUAUCUCUAGCCAAUAAGACUAAAUCAUAAAUAAAAACUAGAACUAGAUGCCCCCAAGAUUUAUCAUGGAAAUCAAAAGAUAAUUUAAAGAAUUCCAGCUUGAUGUUAAAACCUUAUUUGCACUUAAAUGGGAAUUUUCAAGAAGAGAUAUUUACACUUUUUCUUUUUCAAACGAUAAGGAAUUGAAGUUUUUCAUUGAGAACCUGAAUAUUCACUUGCCUGAGGCUUUUAUCAGUUUAAUCUUUGAAUGUGUUGUGCACCCAAAAACUGGAAAAAUCAACUUUGUACUAUUCAAAUAGUUUAUAGAUAUAUGCUAAGACACUGUAUUUAGAGACAAUGAGAAUAAAGUUCAUGAAAUCAAGAAAAUAUUAUUUGGAGAUUAGAUAAAGAUCAAAGAUGAGAGUGACUUCAGCACUAUCAUAGAUAAAGAAACUGAUAUCUUGCAGUAGUGUGGCAAAGAAAUAGAGACUAAGUUAAAUGAGAGAUAUGUCACUAUAAGAAAUGCUUUUAGAGCCUUUGAUGUAAAUAAAAAUGGAUUAAUAUCCGAGAGCGAAUUUAUUGAGGGAUUAGUGCAAUUGAAUGCUAACUUAAAUGAAAACUAAAUUAGACAGGUCUUUGCAGAGCUAGAUAAAGAAAAAAGAGGUUAAAUAUCAUUUGAAAAUUUUUGUGGAUUGGUUUAGAAGCGCCCCCUAAAAUUGGAUUAUUUAAAAAAGUUAGAAGGUGGAAUUUUAGACUUGGAUGAUACAAAAUCAAUAAUACAAUAAAUGAGUAUGAGUGGAUCCACUAGGUCAAGAUCAGAGAUGAGAAAUGGUUUGAACAGCAGAUAAGCUGGAAUAGCAGUUAAGAAUUAAUCGAGGUAGACAGAUAAGCCAUUAGAAAAUUUAUCAAGAAACUAAGCUCCCCAAUUACAGUUAUCUGAAAAAGUCUUUGGCAAGAAAACCCAAAGGUCUGAAGAUAUUGGCAAAGUCAUUAACUUUGAUUACCUGAAUCAGGCGCUAAAGCAAAGACUUAGAGAUUAAUUCAAGUCUUUCAAUGAAAAUAGUACGAGUUAGCAGUAACCUUGGUUAUUGGAGAUGGUGGUGUUGGUAAGACCUCUCUUAUCAAAUGGUAUGAAUUCAAUAACAAAAUUUUUGCUUGCUAGUUAUAUUCAUGAUCAGUUCCCAGAAGAACAUGUUCCAACAGUUCUAGAUUGCUAUAGAACAGAAGUUCACAUCGACAAUAAACCAUUGACCCUAUAAAUUUGGGACUCAGCAGGAUAAGAUGAUUAUAGCAGACUAAGACCUUUAGGCUACGCAGAUGCCGAUGUCUUCUUAUUGUGUUACUCUGUUGCUGAUAGAGAUUCUUACAAAAAUGUAGAUCAGAAGUGGAUUCCAGAGCUAAGAAACUCAGCUCCAUCAGUCCCAAUUAUUCUUGUUGGUACUAAGCUAGAUAUGAGAAACGAGAGCAAUACAUCAACAAUAGUCUCAACAAGUGAAGGUGUCGCUACCUAGAAUAAACAUUCAUUCUUUGCGCAUGUUGAGUGUUCUGCAAAGAAUCUGAAUAACUACAAAACAUCCUUUGAUAAAGCAAUUAUUGCAGUCAUGAAGCACAGAGAUAAGAGCAGCCAAAAGAUCAAGAAGAAGAAGAGAUUAUGUGAAAUCUUCUGA